UCACAUUGUCCAGGUGAUGACAGGAUGUGAAUGGAAUGAUGAGACUGAUGAGGUUCAAGGUUGGGAUCAGUACAGUUAUGAUGGAGAAGAUUUCAUAUCGUUGGACAUGAAAACAUGGACAUGGACUGCAGCAAAACAACAAGCUUUCCCCUCCAAACUCAAGUGGGACCAAGAAAUUCUUGAUCUAGACUACAAUAAGUAUUAUUUCACUGAGGAAUGUCCUUCUUACUUGAAGAAGUAUGUGGAGUAUGGGAAGAAGGUCCUAAUGAGAACAGAGCUUCCAGAGGUGUUCCUCCUCCAGAAGACGCCAUCCUCUCCGGUCAGCUGCAUGGCGACAGGUUUCUACCCCGACCGAGCCGACUUGUUUUGGAGGAAAGACGGCGAGCAGAUCUUCGAGGACGUGGAGCACGGAGAGCUGCUCCCCAACCCCGACGGAACCUUCCAGAUGUCGGUGGAGCUGAAAGUGGAGGUGACGGCCGAGGUGGAGGGCAAGUACGAAUGUGUGUUCCAUCUGUCUGGCGUUGAGGAGGACCUGGUCACCAAGCUGGAGAGAAGAAGCAUCCUGAGCAACGCAAGCCAUGAAGGCAACGUGAGCCUCACUGCCACGCUGGCGGUCCUCGCUGUGGUGGUCCUCUUGAUCAUCAUCAUCAUCUUCAUCAAGCGUCGCCGAAGCAGACAAGGUGAGGGACACAAAUGUUUCCUCUCUGCUGUCAUUUAUGAGAUGUGAAUUUCACCUGCUUUCUCUUUCAUUUCAGCCAAAUACGA